AUGGCCAUGAAAGGGAAAUGGAGUGAAGUCGUGGAUACAUGUACGGAAAACCCAUUUCUUCUAUCGGCCGGUGGUAUCACCAGGACAAAGGACACACUAUUACACCUAGCUGUCUCUGAAGGCCAAGAAAAGACGGUCCUGGAAAUUACAAAGGUCAUAUCGGAACUACCAAUUAGUAAGGAGUUUGUUGGACGUAGAAACGAUGGAGGGAAUACCGCUCUUCAUCUUGCUGCAGUGGUGGGGAAUGUUGCCAUGUGUAAGUGCUUAGCAGGGAUUGAUUCUUCGUUGAUCGUUGCACGUAAUGAAGACGGAGAAACUCCUCUUUCAUUGGCAGUGCUCUUUGGUAAAAACCAAGCAUUCAUAUGUCUUACCCAAAUGCUUAUGCUGGAUAAGGAGCGAUUUAGCCAUUCCAAAACGAUGAAAUAUGGUACUCACGGGUACACGAUUCUUCACUACGCCAUUAAUGGAGACCAUUAUGGCAUGAUUGUUGAUGAGCACGACGUGGAACAAAAUCAUGAUCACCCGAUAGAAAGGAACUACAGAGCAUGCGUCAACUUCUUACUAUUGUUUCGGAAUUUGGUUAGAUUAAUUGGAUGA